CACACGAGUGCAAGGCUGUUUGCAAUCAAACGAUUGCCCAUCACGACAAUCAUCAAACAUCAACGAUGAGUCUGUGGCUUGUUACAGCGUACUGCUGGCGGUACAUGCCGUUAACCACCCAACCAUCCCAGUACCCACCUCGACUCGUUCGGAGCCGAGGAACAGGAUUGCCUCAGCACAUGUACAUACAUUAUUGAUGCUGGACUGGACGAGAGUAGAACAACCGGAAACGGCUCCAGCUUCUGUCUCGCCGCCGCACUCUCUUGCUCCAUCCGGAACCCAUAGCAACCCCGUGAAUCAGCUCCCCCCGCGGGCCCAAGACGUUUGCACUCUCCUCAAUGAUCCCUCUCUUCACACAGCCAACCGUCAUGUACAAACAAAAAUCCCGAGAGGCGCGGGCAGAAGCGGCCCACUGUCUGUCACUGAACCUCGACGAAACGCCGCCACGCCACCCGCCGUCUCCACGCAUUCAAUGCCAACUUUCACCAUGACUCGCUCCCUCAACGUCCUCAUUGCACUUCCCGACCCUGCCUCGCUCAAAUUCGCCUGCUCCGUCGUCAACCGCCUGCAUCGGAACGAAAAUGUCUCCCUCAAGGUAAUCGCCUGCUGCGACUACCACCAAGCCCCCACCCUCUCCGUCCCGCCCUCCCUCCAGCCCGUCUGGCACCGCUACAAUGUCCAUGACAGCCCCAAACCCGAGUGCCAGCACGCCGAUUUUGUCGAUGCAAAGGUCGCAGAGUACUGCGCAUGGGCCGACCUGCUCGUGCUGGCCCCCCUCGAUGCCGAGAACAUAGCCCGAAUGCUACACGGCUUCACCACCAACCUGCACCUCAACAUCCUCCGAAGCUGGAACGUCUCCAAGAAGAUCCUUCUGAUCCCGGCCAUGUCCGCUCUCAUGUGGGAGCACCCCAUGUCCAAGAAGCAGAUUAGCAAGAUUAGAAGAAAGUGGAAUUGGAUUCUGGUGCUACCUCCAUACCUCUGGACGUUUGAUCACCUAGGCAAGAAACAUCUACAGUGGGAUGGCCAUAAGAUCUUCAACGAGUCGCUCCAGACCCAGAUCGAUCUCAUGGCUGUGGGCCACCGCAACAUUGCCCUGCCGACGGCGCACAUGGCCACCUUGACUCCCACCAAGAGCAAAGGGCCCCGUCUCCCGCCUGAGCUGUGGUCCAUCGUCUUGGAGUUUACAGAGGACUGGGAGCUGGCCACAACUAUGCACAUCCGCACCAACCUCCCCGUGCCGCCCGAGUGGCGCCAGGCAGCCAGCGAAGAGGGCCUCAAAACCCAGAUGCAGAGGCUGGAGUGGGUGCUGUUGACGGGAACCCACGCUGAGAUUGCAUCCCUGCUGAGCGCAGACCCUCCGACACGCAUCUCGCGGCUGUCCAUUGAGCUCAUCAUGCGCUUCGCCAUGGUGUCGGUCCUGGCUCACCUCGAGCAUGCUUACCGAGAUCUAUUCUGGGGCACAUUCGGCCACGCCUUCCUCCCUCACAAAGCGUCCAUGUUCGGCAGGACCGAGAUAUUGGAGUACUGGCGCACGUCGCCGACUUUUCUGACCAAGGAAUAUUCCGCCGAGGCAAUGGAUAACGCCAGCCGCUCGGGCUCGGUGCAGGCGCUCGAUUGGUGGUACGAAUCCGGUCUUCCGUUGAAGUAUAGCGAGUCCGCACUGGAAGCAGCCAGUUCGCAAGGCUUCGUGCAAGUUUUGGGAUGGUGGAAAGGCCACAGCAGGUACCGCAAAGCCCCCGCCACCCCGCCAUCCCCGGGCGUGCAGCACGAGAGUGCCAGUGGUCGAAGGGAGCUGCUUAACCUCAAGGUCGGCAAGUCCAUAACCUACGCCACGCAAUCCGGUUGUCUGCCUGCCAUACACUUCUGGGUGGAGUCUGGCAUUCCGUUCUCGCAUGAAGACACGGUAGCAAAGCUCGCAUCAGCGCAUGGACACACGCACAUUCUCGACUAUUGGCGCAAGCUGCGCGGAGAAAAGAUGCUGUUUGACAAUCAAGUGCUUGUGGGUCCCACCAAACAGGGGCACGCACAAGUCUUGGAUUGGUGGAAGUCCAGCGGUCUGCGCGUUGAAUAUAAGACGUGCGAUAUCGAAGAGGCACUCGAGGAUGGGGUUGGGGGUAAGCACGGCGAGGCAGUGCGCAAAUGGUGGGCGCAGAAUGGUCUCAACCUGGGUGUCGGAACGAGCGAAUGGAUGCGGGUCAAAGUUCUGGGGUCGUGA